AUGAUCUACCAAGCCACCGAGCAGCUCCACAAAGCCUGCGCCGCCCAGGCAGAGUACACCAUCGACCCCGAAGACAGGAAGGCGUCCAAGCUGAAGCACACUCCCGACGGGGAGGAGAUUGGGAGGAGCGGGGGCGGUGGUGGGGAGGGAGGUUCUGCCAAGGGGGAAAUGGGACUACUACCAACAUUCAGUACAUGGUCCCAGGUCACCAUGCUACACAUGUACCUCCUCGUCGUCCGCUUCCGCGACAUGCCCAAGAUCCAACAAACGACCUUUCAGGACGGGCUUGUUAACCAUUUCUUUUAUGAGGCGGAGGCAAAGAUGGAUCUGGUGCAUAAUCUCACGUCGAGGGUGAUUAGGCAGAAGUAUCUGAAGGAUUUGUUUGUGCAGUGGAGGGGGUUGGUGCUGGCGUAUGAUGAGGCCUUGGCCAAGGAUAGCGAUGCUGUUUUGGCCGGGGCGGUUUGGAGGAAUUUGUACAAGGCUGACGAAAAUGUGGACGUGAGGAGGUUGGCGGCGGCGGUGGGGUAUAUGAGGAGGGGGAUGGCGGAUUUGGCGCAUAAGGGGGAGGAGGAUUUGGUGAUGAAGGGGAAGAGGGUGUUUGAUGAGUGGGGGGGUGUGAAGGCCGAGUUGAGGGGGGUGGACGUGCCGACUUCGCAGGUGAAGGGGCUGAUGGAUGCGGAGGGGUUGAGCAGUAGUGAGCCGGCUGUGAAGGAAGGUGUGAAGGGGUCGAGGUUCGGUUCUUGA